CUGAUUUCUAGCGAAACGAUUGCGUGUCUAUGUACGAAGUGAAGGCACUUAUUUAGGUCGUGCGGUUUGUUUUUAACUUCAAAUCUGACAAGCAAGUGUAAUGAAAAAAUAUAGGUGAGGGCAGUGAUAAAGUUGCAUUGAUGUGAUAGUGAAAUUAUUCAACUGAAGAUACUUAAUUGAAAAACAAGACGUAUAUUCUUAUUCAGCGUAGAUUGUAUAAAAACUGUUCUUAUAUUGCCACUUUGUUGGAUCUACAUUCCUUCCUUACCUUGCCUUUUUCUUCGCUGAAAUAUUAGAGAUAGUUAUCAAUCCUCAGAUUGCUAGCGGUAUAUAUCAGCAAAUGAUUGCUCGGACAUAUUAUUGUCUGUCUUCUAGAAGUCGGGCAUAUAAAGAGCUAUAUUGAAAUCAAAAUGAUUGUUAAAUCAGCAAAAAUUAAUUAAGUUUGAUAAUUCGGUUAUUAUCAGUACUUAAAGCUUGGCAACUUACAUCGCUAAUUUGGUACUUUCCGCAAAGAGUGGGAGCUUAUUGGUCAGCUACCAUUCGUUGAUUUGUUUUCGCAAUAAUCUUUGGACGCGUUUAAAUGUGAUCACUAUUAUUGCUAUUAUUUCAGAUUAAAGUUUUUGUUUUUUGAGCUCUAAAUCUCGAUCUGAAUCAUCUUUCAAAAUACUACUACCAAAUAACAAAGCCACAAUUUGAAGCAAGAUGAACCAAAGUCGAGCUAACAAAUCGCGCGAUUAUACCUCCGAAUUGUCGACUAUUCGGGAUUUUCUGACCAAUUUCUACACCGAUGACCCCAAUGUUGGAGGAAAGUGCUUCAAGUACCUGCAGAAACUGAAGCAGGUGGCGCAGCGUGAUUUGGUAGCUGUUCACAUUGACCUAGAUGACGUCAUUGAAUCGGAUCCCGAGUUGGGCGAGAAGAUCCAAAUGAACGUGCCGAGAUACCAGAGUCUGUUUGAAAGUGCUAUGGAUGAUAUUUUGGUGGAGCUUCAAGGAAACCAGAUUGUGAAGAAAGAUGCUCUCGAUGUGUUCAUUGAUCAUAGAUUGCGCCAUGAAGCCAAGGUGGAAGCCGGUCAGGCUCAGGCUAAGGAUCCGAGGAAAGUGUUCCCGCCAGAGUUAUUGCGACGAUACGAUAUGUUUUUCAAAGCUCCUUCGGCCCAAAAACCGAUGCCAAUCAGAGAGGUGAAAGCAAACACGAUUGGAAAGUUCGUGACUGUGAAGGGCGUGGUGUUGCGAAGCACCGAGGUAAAGCCUAGAUUGGCCGUGGCUACGUAUACUUGCGACAAGUGUGGAGCGGAGGCAUUUCAGCCUGUAAUGUCGCAAUCAUUCAUGCCUUUGAUUUUCUGUCCUAGUAGCGAAUGUAAAAGCCAAAGCAGUGGAGGCAAACUUUUGUUGCAAUCACGGGGAUCCAAAUUCAUCAAAUUUCAAGAGGUCCGAGUUCAGGAGAGAAGUGAGCUCGUCCCCACCGGUCAAGUUCCUAGGACGAUCCAAGUGACGAUAACUGGGGAGAACACCCGAAUCGUGGGACCUGGAGACAAUGUUGUGAUCUCAGGUGUCUUGUUGCCGCAACGACAAAUGGGCUUCAGACAGAUGAUGGCUGGUCUGUUGGCGGAUACAUUUAUGGAGGCACAUCAUCUUCAGCAAGUUUCAAAGCUUAUGGAGGGAGGAGAAGAUGAUGCUGAGACUGUACCUAUGACCGAAGAGGAAGCUGAUGUUUUGCGAGAAGAUAACUUCUACGAAAAACUGGCCUGUAGCAUCGCUCCUGAGAUUUACGGCCAUGAAGAUGUGAAAAAAGCACUGCUGCUUCUGCUUGUCGGAGGAAUUGACAAUACUCCUAAGGGAAUGAAGAUCAGAGGAAACAUCAAUAUCUGUCUAAUGGGAGAUCCAGGUGUGGCAAAAUCACAGCUGCUGUCUUAUAUUGCUAGACUUGCGCCAAGAUCGCAGUACACUACUGGGAGAGGUUCAUCGGCAGUGGGUUUGACAGCUGCUGUCAUGAAGGAUCCAGUAACAAACGAGAUGAUUCUAGAAGGAGGAGCAUUAAUUUUAGCCGACCAGGGUGUGUGUUGCAUCGACGAAUUCGAUAAAAUGUUGGACUCAGAUAGGACUGCGAUUCACGAGGUGAUGGAGCAGCAAACGGUAUCCAUUGCGAAAGCUGGAAUCAUGACUACCUUGAACGCCCGAGUGUCAAUACUGGCAGCGGCUAAUCCAGCUUACGGUCGGUACAACCCGAGGAAAUCAAUCGAACAAAACGUCCAAUUGCCUGCUGCGCUUCUUUCGAGAUUUGAUCUUUUGUGGUUGAUCCAAGAUAAACCUGACACUGAGAACGACUACGCUCUGGCGCAACAUAUAACAUACGUGCAUCAAAACUUGACUCACCCUCCCAUCCACUUUACUCCUAUUGACUCGACAACAAUGAGGCGAUACAUACAACUGGCCAAGGGGCGAAAUCCGACUGUGCCUAAGCACUUGACUGACUACAUAGCUGCAGGAUACAUUGAGAUGCGAAGAAACUCACGCGAUAAAAAAGUGGACAGUCUGUUCGUCUCUGCUCGUACUUUAUUGGCUGUCGUGCGACUUGCCACUGCGCUUGCUCGACUGCGAUUGGGCGACGAAGUGACUCGUGAUGACGUCAACGAAGCGAUGCGACUGAUCGAAAUGUCGAAAGACUCGUUGCUUGGCGACGAAGAAAUGGCUCAACAGGGCAAAGGAAACAAGAAAGACAAAAUAUUCAACAUUAUUCGCGAUUUACUGAAUGAUUACACAAAGUCGAGCGAUCAGCGAGAGGAUGAUGAGGAUUCGGAUUUGGGUGCACUCAAGGUCGACAAGGCACUGGCUCAAGAUAGGUUGAGAGCGAGUGGAUUCAAUGAACAGGAGAUCCAAGGCGUUUUGACUGAGUACGAGAACAAUGGUGUGAUCAUGAUCCGACGGGGGUACAUUAUCUUCUGUGACUAGAUAAUACCCUUAGUUUGAUAUACUGCGCAAUAUUCAAGUGUAAUAGUAUUUGUUUUUUGCUUAUUUCGAUUUGGCCAUGAUGAAUAUUGAAUUUUGGAUUUUAAUCUUUUAAAUUAUGCAAUAAAGUGCCUUUUACAUUCACUUGAUUAAUAUCUUAUACGGUUGCCUUUUUAGAAAUUUUCUUGUAGGAAAAUCGAUUUCAGAUUUGAAUUUCUGUUAUCCAAUGAAUGACUUCAUUAUAAUCAUCCUUUCUGGAAAUAUGAGACGUGAUAGACUGAAUGAACAAAUUCUUCCAACAAUUGUCAAUCAUUUGAUAAAUAGAUCCCAGCUUGCAAAAUUUUCGACAGUUUUAAGAUCUGAUCAGUAUGAGGUUGCGUUUGAUUUGCGUCUGUGCUAAUUGUUAGUAAUUGAAUCGUUCUUGUCAUCAAAA